UUGCGUGUUGUAUUUGUACUUUGCUCUUUGAAUUCAUUCCCGUCGCUCUCUGUAUGAAAUUAACCUUCUUUGAUCUUUCAAGUCUGUUUUAUAUUUGUAAUAUUCAAAGGAACUAUUCCCAUAUUCACCGACAUGUUACACGUCCAAAACCAAAAUGUUUGACCAGUAAAAUUCUGCUAUGCUUCAUCAUUUCAAUUCUUUUUCCUUCCCAUUCAAGCCAUAUCUAUUUAGUAUCUACCUAAGGUAUCCCAUGAAACAGAGGCUUCUUCUGCUCCCGUGGUAGCAAACUGGCAAAAUGAAGCCUCCUCUUCUUUUGUUUCUGCCUCAGAUAAUCCUUUCUUGUUUGUCCGUAUCAGCUAUUGAUUUUGUCUUCAAUGGCUUUAAUUCCUCCGACUUGCUUCUCUAUAGCAAUGCCACCAUCGAAUCUCGUAUUCUCUCCCUUACUAACAGAACACCUUUCGCAGUUGGUCGUGCUCUAUACCCAUCAAAAAUACCUACCAGAGCUCCUAAUUCCUCUUAUUUCUAUCCAUUCUCUACUUCUUUCAUUUUUGCUAUGGCUCCGUACGAGAAUGUUCUCCCAGGACAUGGCUUGGUUUUCAUUUUCGUCCCACUUACUGGGAUCGAUGGUACUAGCUCAUCCCAAAAUUUAGGCUUGUUUAAUAGAACGAAUGAUGCUAAAUUCAGCAACCAUGUUUUUGGGGUCGAAUUCGAUGUGUUCGCCAACCAAGAAUUCAAUGACAUGAACGACAACCAUGUUGGUAUAGAUCUGAAUUCCCUCAGGUCAAGUUUUGCUGCAGAUGCAGGAUAUUGGCCUGAAAAUAAAAGGAGUAACAGCAUCUUCGAGAAAUUGGACCUCAAUAAUGGUGAGAAUUAUCAAGUUUGGAUUGAUUAUGCAGAUUCUUUGAUUAAUAUUACCAUGGCCCCUGUUGGCAUGAAAAGGCCUAGUCGGCCUCUGUUAAAUGCUUCUCUUAAUCUUUCUGAAGUUUUUGAGGAAGAAAUGUAUAUUGGGUUCACUUCUGCAACAGGAAGACUUGUUCAGAGUCACAAGAUUCUGGCUUGGAGCUUUAGCAAUUCCAAUUUUUCUUUAAGUGAAAAUUUGAUUACAACUGGGUUGCCAUCGUUUGUUCUUCCAAAGGGUUCUGUUUUUCGGUCUAAAGGGUUCAUUGCAGGAGCCACAGUUGGAAGUUUCCUUGUUAUUGUCUUUAUUGCCUUGAUCACUGUGUUUUAUAUUAGGAGGAAGCAGAGGAGGGCAAGGGAAAGAGCGGACAUGGAGGAGUGGGAAUUGGAAUAUUGGCCACAUAGAAUUACGUAUCAAGAAAUUGAGGCAGCAACUAAAGGAUUUAGUGAAGAAAAUGUCAUUGGAAUUGGAGGAAAUGGGAAGGUCUUUAAGGGUGUAUUACCAGGAGGGACUGAGGUUGCAGUGAAGCGAAUUUCACAUGAAAAUAAUGGGAUGAGAGAAUUUUUGGCUGAAAUUUCUAGCCUUGGAAGAUUGAAACACAAGAGUUUGGUUGGGUUGAGAGGUUGGUGCAAGAGAGAAAAAGGAAGCUUCAUGUUAGUGUAUGAUUAUAUGGAAAAUGGGAGUUUGGAUAAGAGGGUGUUCGAUUGUGAAGAGAGUAAAAUGUUAAGCUGUGAAGAGAGAAUAAGGAUAUUGAAAGAUGUUGCUUUAGGGUUGUUGUAUUUGCACGAGGGAUGGGAGGCUAAAGUCCUACAUAGAGACAUUAAAGCCAGCAAUGUAUUACUUGACAAGGAAAUGAAUGGAAGAUUAGGUGAUUUUGGCCUGGCUCGGAUGCACAGCCAUGGUCAGGUGGCUAGCACCACGCGGGUGGUUGGAACGGUGGGGUACUUGGCGCCUGAGGUGGUUCGCAGUGGUCGAGCAUCAGCUCAAACAGAUGUGUUCGGUUUUGGGGUAUUAAUUUUGGAAGUGAUGUGUGGAAGAAGGCCUAUAGAAGAAGGGAAGCCGCCACUUGUAGAAUUGGUAUGGAAGUCAAUGAUGCAAGGGCAAUUACUGAGUGUCUUUGAUCCAAGGCUAAAGGCUAGAGGAGGGUUCGAUGAGGAAGAAGUGGAGAGAGUACUUCAUUUAGGUUUGUUGUGCGCGUAUCCUGAGCCUAGUUCUCGGCCAACAAUGAGGCAAGCCGUGAAGAUUUUGGAGGGCAAGAACGAGCUUAAUGAUCCUGACAGUGAAGAUAUGGACGCAUAUCUGCUCCAACAUAUCAAUUCUAAAGAUAUGUGGUUGAAUUAUUCUGAGAGUUCAUGCUACUCAUCUCACCCAACAUUUGAAGAUAUUAGAAAAUCCCAAUCAUCUUCCAUGUCCUUCUCUUGGACCAAUAGCCUAGUGGACGAUUUUCAGAGAGAAACAAGGUUGGGGAAGCAGCUGCUGAAGUGGGGACAAAUGAGAUCCAAGAGUACAUAAACUGGAAUAGAUAGUGAUAGAGAGAGCUUUGAUAUUUAAUUUUGUAACUUUUUUUUUUUGGGUGUGUUGAUUAACAUUUAUUCAUGGGGUAUUGAUGUAAAGAAGAUUUAUUUUUCCCCCCUUUUCUCAAAAGAAAAAGCUUCUACUUGUUUGUAUGCUAUGUACAGCAAAUCCACAUUAUGAUAUUAAAAUAUGAGUUUAAGAUA